GCUCUUCUGGGGUUUGUAGGGGGAAUGGUUUCUGCCAACAAUCAGGCUUAUUUUACACAGCCGAGAUAACCAGUUUUGUUCAUCCAAAGAUGGCAGCUUUUGUGGAUCAUUUUAUGAGGCCCUGAAAGUGAAGGGAAAGUGGGGGUGUAGAUUAGGGUAGGGUAGGGGAAGAAAUGAUAUGCUAAUAAUUUAACUAGUUACCUAUUCUCCAUUGCCUCUGAAGACUUCACAGGAGCACUUUUUGGUGUAACAUUUUAGUGGAGGUAAACAGAAAAUCCCCCGAAAGAAAUCCAGAAAAAAGUCUUGCUGUCUUCAUAGCCUUGGAACCAACUCCUAUAGCUUCAAAUUCUGUGCCAUGUCUGAUUCCUCUUUGAUAUACUGCAGCUGCUGGGACACUCGGAACUUGGGGCCCAAGAAACUCCUCAGGGCUUCCUUACUCUCUCCCUCAGGAAGGCAACCCAAAUUAAGUCCUAUAUCAUCUGCCUUGAAGGAGCGAAAUUACUUCCUACCACCACAAAUUAAACCCCUCAAUGGCCCAAGAAAACAGGUACAAUCCAAAGAGCAUGCAUCACAAAAAGAAAAGAAAACCCAUGAAGACACAAAAAAGAUCUCUCCUGGAUUUACCUACUCUCGAAGUGAUGAAGAAAUUUCAGUUAUAUUGGGAGAUGAGUUGUUUGAAAGGCCAAAAAAGCCUAAAGAAGAUCGUAUGCUCAGACUUUUACUGCCCAGGACAGAUGUCAUUCUUGACUUAGAAAAUCAGAUUGCAGAGCUAACAACGGUGAUAGAACAAAUAAGCAGGGAUCAUCAAACUUCUCAGAAAUUGCUUACAGAAGAAAUGGAAAACCGGUACAAUGAUCUCCAAAAAGAAUUUGAAAAUAGCAAGAGAGAACUCAAGGAGACUCAUCUUGUAGCAAUGACUGCUUUGGAGGAAAGGUAUAAAGCAGCCCUGAAGAUGGAGAAGAGCUCUGCGCAAGGAAAGCUAGAGAGUAUGGUGAAGGAGUAUAAGUAUUUGAAGAAUAUGUUCCGAAUGUACCAGGACAGUAUCUCAGAUGAAAUGGAGGAGAAGUGGUCAAGGCGGAAGAUAGAAUGGGAGAAGAGUGAAAAAAUGGAGCGAGAAAAAAUCCUCUUACAGCAAAAAUAUAGAUUAACAAAGAAGUUUGAGGUGGAUGUAGAGGAAGAAAAGAGAAAAAUAGAGGAACUCCAUAUCCAAGAAUGUGAAAAGUUCAGUAAGGAAAGAGAGGCAUUCAUAAAACAACAUGAAGUUGAUGUGUUGAAUUUAGAACAGCUGCAGAAAUCUAAAGAGAUCAUAGAGGAAGAAUUGCAGGCACAGUCUCUCGUUUUAGAAUCACUAAAUACAUCACUGUACCAAAGUCAAGUGGAACUGCAGAAAGAGAAAAACCAUGCAAUUAACCUGGAGCAGAUCCUUCAGCAAAAGCUUGUUGAAGUUGAGGAAAAGUACAAAUAUAUGUUACAGAACCUGACAGAUGAAAAUUUAGAACUGAGGAAUUUAUUGAUCUUAAGGAAUGAAGAGCUUUUUCAAGAAAGGAGCAAGAGAGAAAUCCGGCAAGAUUCUUUUGUCUAUCAAGACAUACUUACUGACAGUGAAAAUUUGGAUCCAGAACAAGAAAGUUGAAAAUCUCCCAGUGCCUGGAAAAUUCAUGUGACGUUCCUCUCAGGAUUGCCUGAGAUUUGUUCAGGUCUAUGGAGUACCAUAUUUUUGUUUUAGUUUUCACAACUUCACUUUAUUCAGAGUUGUUGGAAACAUAAAUAUUACUGAGCCAAGAUUUUCUUUCCCCAUCCAACCCAUUUUGAGAUAAUCUAUUAACUGUUCAUUUGAUUCUCUUGAGUAUGGCUGAACAUUUUGAUGAAGAAAACACAAGGAACAUUUUUCCUUAAUCAAAAUUUACACACUAUCUUUCAUUCUGUCCUUACUUAUUACACCAGAUGAGGAGCUCUCCUUAAGUCCAUUCUGUUGCUAAAAAAAAAAUUAAAUGUGUGAUUGAUUAUAUCUUCCAAAAUUAUAAAAUGUUAAAGCUGGCAGGAGUCUAUUCUGUGCUCCUCAUUUUCCAGAUGAGGAGAAUGAAGCCAAAAAAAACUUGCCCAAAACAGCACAGUCAAAUAAUGGUAAAGCCAAAUUUAGGAGAAAUCCCACUCCCAAGUAGGCUACUCUUAUGACAAUACCAUAAUUUAUAAAUUUUAAUAUCAGAAAUGGAUCCUUGGAUAUAUUUCAAAAGAUGCUAAAGGAAGGGCCAGAUAACCUGAGCUUAUAAUUCUGGUGCUGUUAGUAACUUACCAGAUCACUUUGGGGAAAUCACUUGAACUUUUCUCUACUCAGUUAUCAAUGAAAUGUAGGUCUUGAACAAGAUGAUCUCUAGGGUCCCUUUAAGUUCUGAAGUUCUCUUGAUUGCUCCCAACAUUCUAUAAAACUAUGGCUUGGAAAAAA